AAAUAAUACAAUAGUCGCGUGAAGAUACUAUUUACAUAUAAAUAGAAUUAAAUAAAAAAAAACAUAAUUGAAGUUUUCUAUUUAAUUUUAUAAUAAAAUAUAAUAACAAUACAUGUACAUAUAUUUUAAAUAACGACAAUUAAAUAAAAUACAGAAUUAAAAUAUUUGAAAAUUAAAUGUUCAUGAAAUAGAAUGUAAGAAGAUAGAAACGUGAUUUGAAAGAGGUUAUUCGAUAUUAUAAAUAAUUGAAAAAUAAUUAAAAUGUUAUCUUUAAUUCAACGUUAUAAAGCCAAUAAUAUCAUGAAACCUUUGUUGUCAUUUUUUACAACAAAUAUUGAUGACGAUAUAAAUUUUCGAGUAUUGCAGUUAAGGCCUGAUCAGAAUAGAUCUCCAAAGAAAAAAUCACAAACUAUAGCAAAUGUUACACCUAGAGAAAUAAUACCACUCAAUAAAAAUUGGGAAAAAAUUUGGCCUACUGCACGUACAUUUCAUCCUGAUAUUGUACCACUUCCUUUACAACAAGGAUAUAAAAAUACUAAAGGUUUACAUCCUAAUAAAUAUGGAAAUGCAGAGCUAAUGAAAAUUCCAAAUUUUUUACAUCUUACUCCACCUAUAGUCAAAAAACAUUGUCGAGCAAUAAAAAAAUUUUGUACAGAAUGGCCAAAAAAUUUAGAAACAGAUGAAGCAUGUGUAAAAUACUUUCCCAUUGAAAUCAUUUCAUCUGAUUAUUGUUAUUCUUCUCCUACGAUAAGAGAACCUCUUGCUAGAAUAGUGAGUUUAAAAGUAAAAUUAUCUUCUUUGCAUUUAGAUGCUCAUGCUAAAGACAAAAUACUUAGAUUAUUGGGUAAUAGAUAUAAUCCUCAAACAGAUAUAAUAACGAUAACAGCAGACAGAUGUCCAGUUAGAAAACAAAAUUUAGAUUAUGUAAAAUAUCUUUUAACUGCAUUAUUUCAUAUAGCAUGGCGUGUUGAACCAUGGGAAACAGAAAAAAGUGAAGAAGAUAUGGAAUAUUAUGACUGGAAUAAAAGUAAAAGCAAAGAAUCUUUAUCAUCUACAUACAAUUGGCCAAAAAUACCAAUUGAUUUCAAUUGUAAAUAUAUCCCACAUGCAACAGAAUAUGAAACUGCAGUUUCUGAUUUAAUAAAUAAAGGAGAAAAUCAAUUUUCAAUUGAUAAAUACAAACAAGCUGUUAAAAAUGUGUUAAAUGUGAAAUUUCAUAAGAAUGUAAAAUAAAUAUUUAUAAUAAUAUUAUAAUGUUUAUUGUUAAUAUAUUAAUUAUUAUAAAACAUUCUUGAAAAGAAAAAUACAAAAUUGUAUUUGUAUGUAGAAUA